AGAUAGAGUGUGAAGGGUCCGCUUUAGCUCUGGAAAGAAAUGAAGCUCAUUUGUAGAUGUUCUUCAUCGAGUGAUGACGCGUUCAGAAACCACUCAUCAAAUCUGUCCCACAUAUCUGUAGAUCUGAUAUCUAAAUAGCAAUCAUGAUGAGACGAAAUAUGAACAGAAAAGUACAAGAUAUUUUAAUAAUCUCCAUUCUGAUUGACAUAACGUUUUAUAAUCAAAUUUCAGAGCAUCUACGAAGUGCGGGCGUCUGACCCCGACCAUGACACGUUAACAUUCAAUGUUACUGACCAGGACAAAGGCAUGUUCAUCUGUCGAGGAAACGACAUCGUCCUGAACAAGCCACUGAAUCGCGACACCGAACCGAUGUACAACGUCGUCCUAAGGGUGUCGGACGAGGUAAACACCGUGGAAAGAUCCCUCCUCAUCGUCGUCACCGAUGUCAACGACAAGAAACCGGAAGUGCGAGUAUCAGACGCCGUCAUUGUUGAGAGGAGACUUGGAGGAGCUAUCUUGUAUGGUGGAACUGUUUCAGCAAUUGAUGCUGAUGUGAACGACACCCUAACGUUCCAGCUGAUAGACAGCCCCUCAACUGCUGUAGUCGUAGAUCCACAAACCGGAGUGGUGUCUCUCAAUCACACAGCCACAAUCAUCCAGAAAACAUUUCCGCAAAUAUUCACCAUAGCUGUCACAGACAACGCAAACCACGUGACCACAACACGUUUCAGCUUAAGUAUGGUCUCGUCUGGUAAUGGCGUAUGGAGUGGAGAAACAACAGCCAGCCAAUCCAAGGCUGGAGUCGAGGAUCCCCACAACACAGGAGGGGCUUUCACAAUCAGGAUGACAGCCGGCAAUCACACUGCGAGCAACAAACAGAACGAGCAUCACCUCCAGACUCCGCACAGGAACAUUGCUACACUGUGCCACAACUUGGCCUCCGCGGUUGUCCAGACGUCAGCUGUGUACCUGCUUCUCCUUGUUCUACUGUUCUGGUACUGGAUAUAGAGCAUGAAAUUUUGCAUGGAACCAGGCCCCAAUUUCUCGAAACAAACUUAAGUCUUAGUUUUUACUCAAAUUUGAGAAAAUGCAGGAAAACGCAUUUCCAGCGUAAACUGAAAUCGAUAUUAAAUUCAAACAGUAGACAACUUGAGUUUGGUAGAUAGACUACUUGAGUUGUUUCGACUUUUUCAAACGCAGUUGAGUUAGAAAUUCAGUUGUUUCAAAUAAUCAAACACAGUUUGAAAUUUGAGUAAAAUCUUCAGUUUGAUUCGAGAACCGUGUGUACCUGUGUUGUAUCUGGUGUACCAUUACCUUUGAUGAACUCUUGAUCAAAGUAAACUCCGUCAUGCAAGCUAACAUUUUCUAUGAUAUCAGUUCUCAUUUCAUCACACCUCUGGUUCAAGACAAUUAAAAGUAAGUUUUAAACCAAAUAUUCACACUUCUGGUUAUCAGUGGUUAAAUGUCAUAUCAAACAAAGUUGUGUUGUUUUACCACAGAACGUCACAAGCAAGA